UCCUCCUAUCGAGUUGAAGCACCUCAAACUCGUAGGCACCGGCGAACUUGAAUUGGAGGCGAGAACCGAGCUAUGCAAUGCGAACUAGAAUGCUUAAACUAGAGAAAGUAGAUAGUGUAAGUUGUGGUGUGUUCUCAACUCUCAAGACUCCACCUAUUUAUAGGAUAUGAGUGCCUAUUUGAAGAGUCUUUGCAAUAAGGUACCUCAUAAACAUCUUGGAGGUUACCACAAGAUGAAAGGCCAAAGGCCUAGCCUUUUCAAAUUGAUGCACGUUUUUCUUACAGAGGAUAGCCUCAAGGAGAUGGAUCUUCGAUGCCAGUCCUUGGAAGAGGACGUGAGGCGAGUGAAGUUGGGCAAAGACGAGGCGGAGGCGGUGUUUGGAGCUCAGAUCGAGCAGCUGAAGGCCGACAGUACCGAGAGAGACGACUGCAUCGAAGAGGUCAAUAGAAAUCUAGAGACGUGGAAGGUGAAACACGAGGUGUUGGCAGCCGCCAGAGACGAACUUAAUGCCAAGAUCACCGCACUCGGUGCAGAGAUCAGGUCGAGAGACGACCAUCUGCACCAGUUGCAUCUACAGCUAAUUGUUAACGCGGAGGAGCUGCGCUUGAGAGUCGUGGAGCUCGAGAUCGACGUGAAGAGGAAGCAAGAGUCGAUUAUUGAAGGAGCAGAGGAGAAACGGGAGGUGAUAAGGCAACUCUGCUUCUCGAUCGAGCACUAUCGCAGCGGAUAUCACCAGCUGAGGAGUGCGACGUCGUUUUGCACCUUCUUCGCCGUGUAGUUAAAUCUGUCUGUAGAUUUGGGUGGGAAUACGAGUCAUGGUUUCUUGCUAUGAUGUAUCUAAGUAUUACUGCGUUGAUCAAACUAUUUUCACAGCUCUUUGUAGAAAAACUCAGAAUGGAUAUUUUCUACAAGCUAAUUUUAAUUCUUCGAUACAAUUGGGACAGCUCUA